ACCUACAAGACAAAAUGGCGUCGUCAGUGCUUUUUCCGGCGAGUGCGAGAUUUCUCUCCGGUUUUCGCCACUUCAGCAGACUUUCCCGCGCCGCGCCGGCCUCCUUCACCUCGCUAUGCCGUCCUCACAACCACAGCUUAUCCACCACAGCCAGAAACUUCAGCCAGCCGACGCCACGGGCCGAGAAAGCCAAGGUAACAGUACACUACAGCAUGGCAGACGGCAGUACUGUCACGGUCCAGUCUAAGGAAGGGGAGAACCUGCUGGACAUCGCUAUAGAGAACGACCUGGACAUCGAUGGUUUCGGUGCAUGUGAGGGUACGCUCGCCUGCUCCACCUGCCAUCUCAUCUUCCAGCAGCCGAUUUACGACCAGCUGGAGGAACCGACGGACGAGGAACUGGACAUGCUGGACCUGGCCUUCGGGCUCACUGACACUUCCAGGCUAGGCUGCCAGGUGUGCGUAACGAAGGCGUUGGACGGGCUGACGGUCAAGGUGCCGGAAGGAGUGGCGGACGCACGGGACGUCUGACGUCUUCAAGGAACUGGCCGGCCUUCUUAAAGGCUGCAACCCUGAAACUCAAGGAGUCUUCUCUUGUUAUCACUUUCUUCUGUGAAACUCAAGGAGUCUUCUGUGUGAUUAUCACUUUCUGACCAUGACUUUUCAGUGAACGCAGACUGUGUGACAGAAUCUCAUCUGUAGGUGAUUUUAGCUUGAACAAUGUCAGCAUAGUUUUAAGUCCACUAAUAAGGGGUCCUAUUUUGUUAUUGUCCAUACAGUAGAACUGUGUAGUAGGGUGAUGGUCUGUUUUGUAGACCGGUAGGUGUGAAAGGGGUGAGGAAACUCUUUUGUACACAGAACCGUGCCUAUCUAGGUUAGGGUUAGGAUCAGGCAUGGUUCUGGAUAGUUUCUGUAUAUCCAAGAAUGUAGAUUUUUCCAGACAUCGUUCUGGAUAAAGCACAGUUCUGGAUACAACACUUCCUUUCUGAACUGGAAGCCUUUGUCCAAAUUAUGGUUUAGAUGUGGAUUUCUUUUACUUUUACUUUAGGUUAUUUUGGAAUGUACUAGUAGACAGUGUCUGGUUAGAAGUUAUAGAAACUGCAUUUUUUUGGUCAGUCCACUAUCAGCAUUUUACAAGAUGUCUUGUGCAUAAGAAUUUUCUAAGAAUUAAUCACAAAAGUGUUUUUUUUUUUCAAAGAUUGGUAACUGAGUUCUGAAGGAUGAGAUGCUACAGGACAUUAACAUUACAGACCAACUGUGAAACUUGCAGGUUUGAAUACAGUCAAAAUCAGGAAGAAAAUGUUUGCUAGUCUGGGCACGAAAUUCUAUGUAACAAGUGUUAAAGUUGUCUAAAGCCAGUAUGUGUAAUAUUUCAAUUUCUGUAAAAGAUGGCAGCAGACAAUACAUGUAUGAGAAAUAAAAUCAUGUACUUUACAUUCAAAGAGCACAGAAUACAGCAUUUUCUACUGGAAAGACAAUACUAUUAAAGUAUUUCCAACCAUUUCUGUACCCAGUGCAUUUCCAGCUGUUCUCUAAUGUACCAGAAUUAUAAACUCAGAUU